AUGGACGGCCCCUUUAAAGAGCUGAAGAAGACCGGUGAGGGCUGGAAUCCUGUCCCCAUACCCCGGCCUGGCCAGUGCUUAAAUAACGCAUUAAAGGACGAAGGAUUGGACUCAUCCCUAAAACUCCCAGACAAGGUCCUGACAUUCGUGAGGGACCACCCUCUGAUGGAGAAUAGCGUCAACGCAGCACCCCUGCUGGUCCGCAAGGGGACAAGAUACACCAAGCUGGCUGUAACCAAGAUAGGAGCAGAGCCAACAGGAGUGGUGCUGCACCUCGGAACAGACCGUGGGGAGCUCCACCAGGUGGAGGUAGUGGGCCAGAACACCACCCUUCUGCAGGAGAUUCCUCUGUUCGCCUCAAAUGAACCUGUCAACAAUAUAUUACUACACAAGGGCCAGGCUCUUGUGGGCAGCCCUCUGUCUCUGGCUCGUGUCCAGGCUGAAGGCUGCGCUCUGUAUCCCAACUGUGAGCUGUGUGCCAGAGCCAGAGGACUGGGCUGUUUGUGGAGCGAGAAGGAAGCAGCCUGCAGGAGCACGGCAGCAAAGCCUGUUCCAGGUGAUUCGGUUGAGGAGGCCUUGAGGAAAUGUGAUUUAAAGGAGGGGCAUUGCUCUCCUUCCACCAGGGAGCUGCAAGUUUCCAUCGGCCUGCGCCUCCUGUUGCCGUGCGUCCAGCUGACUCCCAGGCCCUGCAGCUGGGAACAUCCUCUCCACAGACACACCCGGCAACAUCACUCUGACCUGGAGGUGACGGUCACAGAGGAGAGCCUGGGAAAAUACAUCUGCACAUGCCAGGAGGUGAGACCAGGUAGCAGAGACCACACCCCCUGUCGUAGAGCAGCCUAUCACCUCACACUAAAAGGCCCUAAAGCUGGGGGAACAGUAGCCACAGCCGGUGGUCGUCACGUCCUGGCUGUCUACAUCCUUUUCUUCUGUGCGGGUGUAGCGUUCGGUAUGUUUGUCCUGUACUUCUUGACCCGGCGACGCAACAUUGGACGCCAGGGCCACCAGCUGCCAGAUAAUUCGCUGUCGUCUGGGAAGGGCAACCAGGGGAAUGGUGGUCCCCACGGUAACAGCUACAGCGGGACCCUGAUCCACAGCAACCCAAGCAAUGGCCACGGGAACGCCUUGUACACCAACUGCAACACGAGUAGCAGUCGGCUGAAGCUUGCCUCCGAAAUUCUAGCUGCAGACAUGUUGGACGCAAGGACAGUGGAGAGGGUGAGGCCUAAGGUGGUAGAGAGGGAGUCAGGGGAGGGGGACGAGGUGGAUGAAGGGCUGGGGGACGGGUUAGGGGAAGGAAUAAAAGGACUAGAGGAGGAGCUUGCCAGCUUUCCCAUGUUUAAAUCACCAGCACCACUGGCUCAGUGUGAGGAAAGCUCAAUAUGA